AUGGUUGGUCAGUUAGUGAAGUCAAAUUUGAAGGAUGUAAGCCGUCAGUACAGACCUAAAGACAUUAUUAACAACAUACAAAAGAACUACAAGGUCAAUGUUAGAUACAAACAGGCAUGGCCUGCCAAAGAUGUAGCCUUGAAUCUGUUGAUCGGAUCACUCAAAGAGUCAUAUACUCUGUUACGCAAGUAUGGACGAGCAUUGAAGGCAGUUAACGUAGACACUGUUUUUGAAAUGGAGCUAGAGGAAGAUAAGUAUUUUAAGUACGCCUUCAUGGCCCUCGGUUGCUGUAUUAUAAGGUUUUCCAGUUGUAUUCGCCUAGUGCUCGUGAUAGAUGGUGCACAUCUUAAGGGUAAAUAUAAAGAUGUUAUUCUUAUUGCUUCUUCUGUGGAUGAGGUUGAUGGGUUAUUAUUCGUAUCUAACCGACCAGUUUCCAUUACGAAAUCUGUUAGGGAGGUUUUUCCUCAAGUAGCUCACAGAAUCUGCAUGCAGCACUUAUCCACGAACUUAAAGAACAAGUUCAAGAAUGAUGUCAUUCAAGAAAUGUUCAUAUUAGCAGCAAAGACAUUCCGAAAGUCAGAGUUUAGGUACUAUUUUUCCCAAUUUGCAGGAUUUCCAGAGGUCCAAAGCAUUGCACUUCUUGAACAUGCUCGAGUGCUCUUACAGUGCUGGUUUUACGAGAUGCGAACCUACGCAUCUAGUCGCAAAACUAUUCUUACUAAUCAUGGUGAGACUAAGAUGCGUAGUGCGAAGAACCUUUUUCAUACACACUCCAUCACACCCAUUGACCACCAUGAGUUGGAGGUGUGCGAUGGACUAAAAAUGGUGCGCGUGAAUUUAAAUGCAAGGACAUGCGGGUGUAAAGAGUUUGACUAUUUCCAGCUACCAUGCUCUCAUGCUAUUGCAGCGGCAACCCAUCGGAACGUGAACAGGUAUACCCUAUGCUCACCUGCAUAG